AUGGACACCACGUUUUCGGCGGCGGACCUGUCCGAGGCGGCGCUUGGUGGCCCAAUCCGCAUCCAAGAUGGGCGCUUCGUUGAUGCAUACGGCAGGACAGUAUGCCUGCGAGGCUUCAACGUCGCGGGUGCAAGCAAGAUGCCAACCAAACCAAACGGCUUGACACACCUGUGGGACAGCGACAGCUUCUACCAGCACCGCACCGUCGACUUUACGGGCCGGCCCUUCCCACUCGAGGAAGCACCCCUCCAUUUCCGGCGGCUGCAGGCCUGGGGAAUACCUCUGAUCAGGCUGCUCGUGACGUGGGAAUCUCUUGCUCACGCCGGCCCCAACCCAAGCACAGACAUGGACUUGGACUAUGUUGCCUACCUCCGGCAGCUCAUCGACAUGAUGCCCAGGUACGGCCUGAAGUGCUUCGUCUGCGCCCACCAGGACGUGUGGAGUCGGUUCUGUGGGGGGAGCGGUGCCCCGGGCUGGACCCUAGAGGCUGCCGGCCUCGACAUGGAGGCUUUCACCGACACGGGCGCUGCCUACAUCCAUGGACAGGACGAGGCGAGGCGAGCCAGAGCACAGCCCAACGAACGGGAGCCGAGUGGCCCCUUCGUGUGGCCGUCUGGGAAUCAGAAGCUGGCCGCCUCCACCAUGGCGACGCUUUUCUGGGCCGGUGAAGCCCUUGCACCGCAUCUCAAGUGUCUCCGGUCACCUCUGGAUGGCAAACGUGACGCCGAGGAGGUCUCAAUCCAGCAGUUCCUCCAGGAUGCCCUCAUCGAGGCGUUUGGCCGGCUCGCCGACGAGGUGGGGUCUCUCGAGGCAUGCCUGGGCUUCGAGCCCAUGAACGAGCCGGACCGCGGCCUGAUCAAUCUGCAGAACUUCCACGGCUGGAACUACAACACAGACCUGCACAUAGGAUUCUUCCCUUCCCUCACCCAGUCACUAGCGCUUGGGAGUGGCUACCCACAACAGGUUCCAUACUACGUCAAAUCGUGGCCGUGGCCGACUCGUCAGUCCCAUCAGACAUUGGUCGAUCCAAAGGGUCGUUCUGCCUGGCUGACGGCGACCGCCACAAAUCCUGUUGUUGACAGGCCCCGAGGCAUGGGCAAGUGCGUUUGGCGUACUCAUGGCGUCUGGGACUGGGAUGAGCGGAAGAAACAUGCCGUUGUUUUGCAACGCGAAUACUUUGAUUUCGACCAACGGCCUGGUCGAGAGGCGCACAAGAUUGAGUGGUAUAGAGACUGCUAUGCUCCAUUCGUGUUGAAAUUCACAGAGCGUGUGUCCAACCGCUUCCAAAAUCACCUUUCCUUCGUUGAGCCUCUGCCCAACCAGUUCAUGCCGCCAUGGCAGGCUGAGGAUCGUGAGUUGCUGCAAAAAAGACAUCAGGCAAGCACGACCAUCGACCUGAAUCGCCCGCAGAACCUUGUCUAUGCCCCGCAUUUUUACGACCUGAAUGUGCUCUUCAGCAAGGUCCACACGUCAAUGAGUGUCAAUGUUCAGGGGCUGGCCAGGGGCAUGUUCAUCCUACGUGCACUCUAUUUCGGUGCGGCCGGCCUGCGCAAUAAUUACACUGCUCAGCUUCGCAAUAUCGUGCGGCAUGCCCACGCCUUCCUCGGCCAGCUCCCGAUACUCAUCGGGGAGGUUGGCAUCCCCUUUGACGUAAAUGGACGCACGGCAUUCAAAACAGGGAACUACGACAGCCAGCGAGAACUGAUGCACGCCCUCAUCUCCGCCAUGGAAGACAACUUCGUCGGCUUCACCCUUUGGAAUUAUAAUCCGAUCAAUGAUUUCGAGCAUGGCGAUGGAUGGAAUGACGAAGAUUUUUCAAUCGUCACUAGCGAUAGCGCUAUGGUCGACUACCGCAACGAGCAGCACGAGACCAACGAACUAUACCGCGGGGCCAGGACUCUUGACGUCGUGACCCGUCCGUAUGCAGCCAAGGUUGCUGGUAUUCCGAUCCGGUCGCAUUGGGACCCACGAACUCUCAAGUUCGAGUUUGAAUGGCAAAGCAUUCCUCACGGACCAACGACUGGGAAGACUCAGGUUACUGAGAUCUUCCUUCCGAAUUACCACUAUGCUGCUCACGAUCUUAGUAUCAAAGUCAGUGAUGGGGAAUGGUCGGUUGACACGGAGAAGCAGACGCUGUACGUGGUUCACGAGACACAUCUUGCUGGACAUAGACUUGUGCUUCAAAUAGAGGACCUCCAACAGCAUCUGCUCAGGAGGGUCGAGUGCCAACGGAAGGCAUUCCCGCGUGGCUUCCCACUUAACAUGAUGCCACUGCUCGUGGAAGUCUGGAUCGAAUCCGUCUCUUUCGAUCACAUCUUCUGGGCAAUUUCAUUGAUCGUGGCUUUGGCCGCCGUCUACGCAAGGAUUCUUUUGUGA